AUGAAACUAGUUGAAUUUAGGCUUGCAAUGCCUUUAACACUAGAAGAAUAUAAGUUGUGUCAAUUAUAUUUAGUUGCGAAAGCAUCAUUAGAAGACUCUGAAAAAAAUUUAAAUUCCUUAGAAAAGAAUGAAAAUGAAUCUAAAAAGGGUAUAGUUAUAUUAAAAAACGAAAGUUAUAUAAAUGAUAAUGGAUUACCAGGGCAAUAUACAUAUAAAAGAAUAAACUUACUGAAUAAACUACCAAAAUGGUUGCUAAAUUUUAUUGAUGCUAAAUACUGCAUACUAGAUGAGAAGUCUUGGAAUUCUUAUCCUUAUUUAAAAACAGUUUAUGAAUCAAGUGGAUUUCCAAAAGCAAAAAUUCAAGUCGAGUCAGCUCAUCACAUGGGUUUUAACACAGAAGAUAAUGCAUUAAAUAUACCAGAAGAUUUAUUACCAUUAAGGAAAAUUAUUUAUAUAGAUAUUGUAAAUGAUAAAGUAUCAUAUAAGGAUUAUAAUCCAAAAGAAGAUCCUUCCCUAUUUUAUAGUGAAAAGGCUAAAAGAGGAAAAUUAGAUGAAAAAUGGAAAGAGAAUAGUACAACUAUUAUGACAUGCUAUAAAUUAUUUACUAUUAAUAUUCCUUAUUUUGGAAUUUUUUGUUCAAGAAUUGAAAAUUGGAUUAUUAGUUCUUUAAAAGACAACAUUUUAAAAUAUCAUAGAAAAGCUUUUUGCUGGAUUGAUGAAUGGUUUGAUUUAACUAUUGAAGAUAUUAGAAAUAUUGAAAAAGAUGUUCAGAAAAAACUUAAUCAUUUUUGGAAUGAAUCAGAAUCAAAUAAUGGGGAUCAAGUUAAUAAUGAAGAAAAGUCUUUAGAGGUUCAAGAUUGUGAUACUACAACAAAUUAUAAUAAUGAAAAAAACAUAGAUAAAUGCGAUAAUAUUGAUAAUAUAAAUAAUAAUAACUUAGAUAAUUUAAAUAGUAAAGAAACUACUACACAUAUUUAUGAAAACAAAAAAAUUUCAAGCAGUUCCAUCACAAGUAUAACUAUUGGCAGCAACAAAAAUGAUACAAAAAAUUUCUUCCAUAAUGAAUCAUUGAACAAAGUUUCAUAUAUGAAUAUACAUAAUAAUAGUUAUGAUAAUAAUUCUUUCGUAAAUAAUAAUAAUAUUCCUUUACAAAAGGAUACCAAAAAAGAAAGUAACAUAAAGAACGAAAAGGAGUUAAUAAAGACAUCUUCACAUUCACUAAACACCGAUAAUGAUAAUUUAGAUACAGUCACAAAAAAUAUAAGUGAAAAUGAGAAGAAAGAGAAAAAAAAAAAGAAAAAAAAAGAGGAAUGUAUAAUAAACGAAAGUUUUAAUAAACCAAAGAAAAAGGAAUUUAUGAAAUUCUCAGCAGAUGAUAAAGCAUCUUCAAGUAGUGAAAAUACUACGUCAAAAAGUAGUUUUGUAAGUUCUAGGAAAGUUAUUUUAAAAGUAAAUAGCUUAAAAGAAAAUGAUUUAAAUAAAAACCAAUUUAUAGAAAAUGUUAAUAAAAUUAAAAAAAAUGAAGAAAAACAGAAUAAAGAUGAAUCAAACAAUUUUUUCUUUUUCAAAAAAAAUAGUGAUAGCAAUGAAUUCGGAGAGUAUUUAUAUAGAUUAAAUGAUGGAAUGUUUUACUCUUGGAAACUUAGAUAUUUUGUUAUAAAAAAUAACAAAUUGUGCUAUUAUUUAAAUGACAAAAAAAGUGAAUUAAAAGGAGAAAUUGAUUUAUUAAACGCUCAAAUACAAUGGAUAGGGGAAUAUAAAGGAAGAAGUAGUGUUUUUGUUAUAAAUUCCUACUCUAAAAACGUUGUUUAUUUAAGUUCAGAUGAUGAAAUUCAAACAAAAAAGUGUAUGAUAGAUAUUCAAAUGGCAACUCUCUUGAAUAAUGAGAAUGUGAAAAAUGAAAUGGGAGAGGAAAAAACAAGUAAACUAAAGUUAAGUAAUACUAAAAAUUUUGAUUUACCAAUAAAAAAAAAUAAUAUUAUAGAGAAUGUACAUAUAGAAAAUAAAAAUAAAAUUCAUACAAAUAAAAGAAAUGAACAAAUUGAUUUUAAGAAUAAGGAUAUUUUAAAUACUGAAAAUAUAUGUAUUGAAAAUACAAAUAAUGAAAUCUUAUUUAACAAUAAUAAUUAUUUAAAUGAAGAAAGUAAUAAAGAUAGAAUAAUAUGCAAAAAUAGAAAAUAUGAUAGUAUACAUAGCAAAAAUUUUAAUUAUAAAAAUAAUAUUCAUAUAGAAGAUAAUAAAGACAGUUAUAUGAAACACAACAAUAUAAUUUUUAAGGAGAAUGAACAUAUUUUUAAUAAAGAAAUAAUAAAAAAUGAAGUAGAAAAUUCUUUAAAUACUAAAAGAAAUAAUAACUUCUCUAAAGAUCAAAAUCUUAAUAAUAAUAAUAGUGAAGUUUUUAAUUUAUAUAAGAAAAAUGAUAGUUUUAAAUUUGAUAAAGUUUAUUUUCAUGAUGGUAAUGAAGAAAAAGAAAAUAUAAUGCCAUCUAAUGAAGAAAAAAUUAAUGUAAAAUGUAAAAGUUUAAAAGACAUUAAAAAUAAAACAUCAUAUUUUAGUAAUUGGAGAAAUGUUGAAAAAAUUAAAUUAAAUAAUGAUUUAGCUCAUGAUGAUAUAAAAAGUUUUUUUAAUAAUUUGAAUAUUGACACAAACAAAGUAAAUUUAAAUAGUUUACAAGAAUUAACAGAUCAUAUUAAGAAUCUAUCUAUAUAUAAGAUGAAUAGUGGAAACAAAAAUAUUGAUUUAUUUUAUUUUAUAUUUAAUAUUUUUUCUAUGUUCUCUUGUUUGUAUUCAUUUAUAACAUUAUAUAUAUAUUUUAAGUCAAUCUUUUAUUUUUUGUUUUUCUUUUUUUUUUGUAUUUUUAUAUUUUUUUAUAAUAAAAACAUAUCCUCCAGUUACCUUAAUAAUAUAUAUAGAUGCUCUGUGAAUGUUCCUGUGAACAUUAAUUAUCUGAUGGCAUUUUUGGCUAGUGAUAAUAAAUAUCAUUUAGGAGAAUCUAAUAAAAAAUUAUUUAAAACUAAAAAAACGAAUUUGUAUUAUGCUUUUAGCUCCUUUAAUAUAUAUUUCGAUAACUUUUUUUUGAAUAUGUUUUCAGAUUUGUUCAAACCCAGAAAUUCAUUUUAUAGUCAGUAUACUUGUGAAUGCACUAAUAAUAAUAUUUAUAAUAAGGAAAAUGAAUAUAUGCGUUCAUAUGUUUUUAUUCAGUAUACUAAUAAAAAUGCAAAAAAAUUUUUUCGUAUGUCAAAUUUUAAUGAAGAAAUAUAUAAUAGUAAUUUCUCUUGGAAUAAAAAGAUUGUUCAUUAUUUGAACGAAAUAAACAAUAAUAUUUCAAAAAAGACGGAAGAUAAAAAUAUAAAGAAAAAAAUAAUCAGUGUAGAUAAUCAAAAUAAUAUAAGUUAUGUGGAAUUAAGAACUAAUAAAAACUACACAGAAUCAAUUCAUCGUAAUAAUAAUAAUAUUGAUGAUAGUAAAAAUAACGGUAGUUUAAAUAAUUUAAAUAGUGAGGUUAAUAAUUUAAAUAAUUUGAUGAAAAAUAAAAUUGGCAACAUGGAUACAUUUCACAGUGAAAAUACUUUUAAUAUUUAUGACAAUAGAAAAAAUGUAGAUACGUUUUUUGUUAAGAUAAGGAACAUUUUUUUCUAUUGGGUUCUUUUUAAAUCAAAAUAUUUAUUUAAGUAUUUUAAAAAAAAAUUUCAUAAUAAGUAUGUUGAUAUGGAAGGAUUCGAUAUAUUUUUAGUAAAAGAAAAAGAUCAAGAUUUAUGUGAAAUAAAUUAUUUUACUUGUUAUAAUUUUAAAUCCUAUCUUUUUAAUGGCCUUUUGAAUUUUUCUAGAUGCUUAAAUAUUAAUUCGUUAUCAUCUUCCAAUAGUUGGAGAAAAUUCAAUGUUGAAAAUUUAAGCAGAGAUAAUGAAUACGAAGAAAUUUGUAACGAUAAAAUAACAAAAAACAAUUUAUUGCAUAUAGAAAAAAGGGGAAUUGAAAAGGACAUAUGUAAGAAAAUAUUUUUUAAUAUGAAUAAUGAAAACAAUUCUAAAAGUAUCAUUAAUUAUAUUUAUGAUUUAACUUACAAUGGUUACCUUAAUAGUAAAUAUAUAUCAUUAAUAAAAAAUCCAGAUGACGUUUUUUUUAUUAUUAAUUUAUCUAAAACUUUUUUAUAUAUAAUUGAGUAUAUACGUUUAUAUGAAAUUCAACAAAUAAAUCUUAUGAAUAAAUAUAUAAAUAAUUCUAAGAAUAAUUUGGAUUUUUCUGACGAUAUAUUUAUUUCAAAUGUUAUACUUUUAUUGAAAUCUUUAAAUUUUUUGUAUUAUACUUUUUCAAAUUCUUUUAUAUUAUCAAAACAAAAUGAAAAAUUUGAAUGUUCUUUUGAUCAUUCCACUGUCAGUAUGACAAUGAAAAGCAGUAUACCUCUAUCAUUCUUUUUGAUUGCAGAAAAUUUUAAAUCAAAAGCAAAAAUUAUUUCUGAUUUAAAUUUAACAACUUUGGGGGAUUUUGAUGAAAUUAAAAUAAUUAUUGAUAACGAAAUUCAAAUAAAAAGCGACAAUAAUUAUCAAAUAAAUUUAAGAUAUCCAAAUAUAUAUUUAAAGAAUAUUUUGCAUGGUCAUUUAUGUUUUUCUUUUUGUGAUAAAUUAGUUAUCAAAGAUUCAUUGGGUAAUUGUGCUGAUAUAAUGUUUAUAGAUAAAUCGAAGUAUAAAGGAAAAUUUUUCGGAGUUAUUAAAAGAAAGGAAACAGUUACAGAUAUUUUGAGGGGGAAUGUUUUUGAUAAAAUAAUACUUAAUGAAGAUAAAGAAUUCAGUAGCAUAGAAGAAAUUCGAAUAAAUGUGACACACAAAAAGAAUAUAAAAAAUUCAACUACGUUAAGCUCAGAUUAUCUAAAAUUAUCACAUAUAAUUGAAGAGAAAUACCAAAAAAAUAGAAGUAUUUAA